AUGUCUCGAAAGAAAAGUAAUCCCGGACCAGUCCUCAUUGAUGACGAUUCCGAAGUCAAACCUAGUCCCAGUGUUGAUGCUACAACACCUGGAAGCCUCUCAAAAUUGUCCAAAGCUAUCCUCACAGAUGAACAGGAACUCAAAAAGGCACAACGGGUACAUGCAAAUCAGCAAAGCGCAUGCUAUGCAUAUUUCAAUCCACCUAUACUUUCUGAUGCAAAGGACAAAAACGGCCGACUAAUGAUUGCUUAUCCGUGCAAGAUGUGUGGCGGCAAGACUAACCGACCAAUAUACGAGUCUUCGCCAACCAACCUCGCAAAGCAUGUUGCCAGUUGCACCAAGAAACAACGUGAGGCAAACUCCAAUCAAAAGCUUGCCGACAUGGGGGUCUCAGGAACCGGGGAUAUUGACCCACGAGAGGUACCCCAGCUUUGCGCCAUCUGGUGUGCACAAUCAGCUCAGCCUUUUGCCUCUCUUGGAGAAACAUCUCAUCUAGGAAUCGUACAUCCGACGGUCAUCAAGAAUCUUCCAAAACGGAGAACAGUCUCAAAUGACAUUGCCAAACUAUAUACCGCUGUGCAAGAGUCGCUCAUUGAAUCGUUCAAGAACACUAAGGGUGCCAUGUACCUUGGGCUUGAUGCUUGGCAGUCACCCAACGGUUUUGACGUCUUAGGGACGGUCAUAUAUAGGCUGGUCAAAGAGGAAGAAGGUGGCUUUCACUUGGAGGCAAUGCCACUUGACUUUGUAAGGUUACAGAAAAGCCACACAGGCCUUUACUUGGCCGAGACCGUUCAGCUUAUUGUUGAAAAAUUUGGCCUGCAGGACAAGAUCUAUGGCAUUGUAACAGACAAUGCAUCUAAUAAUAGGAGUAUGAUUGAGGAGCUCCAAACUUUCCGAUGGCCUCACUUCAAAGGUGAAGCCACUUGGGUAGUCCUGAGGCCUUUCGGAAGCCACAAAAGAACCAAGACCGUGGUCUCUGAUAAUGAAGAAUCGGACGAAGAAGAAACUGAGGAUCAAGACAAUCAGAUCCGAUUGGCAACUCAUGACUCCGCAGAUGAUGGUGAUGAUGAUGAGGAUGAUGCGGGUUCAAUCAUUGAUGAUUCAGCACUGGCAGCCGAGCUCAUUGACGAUGAUGAGGUGGAACUGGAGGAUGAUGAUGUGAAUGAAUUAAGUGAUGAAGACGAGGACGAUCAAUACACAUCCAACUCAUGCAGAAAAACCCUAGCCAAGUUUCGAGCAAUUGCUAGGAAGCUUAACAAGUCACCGAAUUCAAAGGCCCACUUUGUGGAGAUCUGCCAAGAUCUGGAGUGCGUGAGGCCACAUAACAUCGCCCGUGAUGUCCGUACCCGGUGGAAUUCUACGCUGACACAAUUGUCAAGCAUUGUGCGAUGCUCGUCAGCAAUUCUUGAGUGGCAGAAAGAUCGAAGACAUGGUCCAUCUCAAGAGUACUACAUCAACGAGGAUGAUAUUCACUUAGCUCGCGACCUGAUUGAGGUCCUUGAACCCUUUUAUGAAAUUACACUGCAAGUAUCAAUGCAUGGGGCGGCUCGAAUAUCGGACAUUGUGGUCUUCAUUGACCAAAUCACCUCUCAUCUCUCCACCAUCAUAUGUGAUAAGAAAGACAAGUACCCGCCAGCUUUGAGGAAUGCAUGCCGUGCAGGCCUCCAGCUCACCAAUAAGUAUUACACCCUGACUGACUGCUCGCCUCUAUACCGAGUCGCUAUGGUCCUUCACCCCUCGUUCAAAGACGAAUAUUUCAAGCUCGCCAAAUGGAAACCAGAAUGGAUUCAGGAAGCCAUAAGGCUAACUCGCGAGAUGUGGGAAAACCAUUACAAGCCUUCACCUCAAGCAACAAAUUCUCAGCCAGCAAAUCAAGCCAUGCAGGAUAUUCUCUUCUGA